GGAUCAGACAACUGCAGCUUCCAGUUCCCGUGCGCAAUAGGAGACUGCGAGACGCGUUCCCUGGUGGCCAUAACCUGUCCCUCUUGUUCUCUCAACUUCUGCCUCAGCCACCGACACCCUCCUGACCACGCCUGCACCAGCCUCCUGCCUCAGUCGCCCACCAAAGAGCAGCUGGCGCAUGAGAAGGUUGACGCGAUCGCAGCGUCUCUGGCUCACCGACCUGCCAGAAAGGCAGGCCACAGAGACCCAAAACUGGCGGCCAAGGUUCAGCUGAUGAAGAUGAAGAUGAAGGCUGUGAAGCUUGGGCAGAGCAGCCUGUUGCAGCAGGAGGCGGUGUACCUGCAGGUGCUGCUGCCCUCGGGACACACGCAGCCCUCCGUCGCCGUGUGCGUGCCCUCAGCCUGGAGCCUCGGCAGGACCCUCGAUGCCGUGGCAGACCUGGCCAAGGUGCAGAACAACAACGACAAGCAGCCUGUGGAAGGUGGCGCUGUACUGCAGCUCUUCAGACGCGACAGCGGCUGCGUCCUGCCAGCAGCGGCGUCCCUCCAGGACCUCCUGACGAAGGAGGACCUCUUCAACGGCGAUAUUUUGGUGCUUGAGCGCACGCCUAAAGGAGUGACCAUACUGCCUCAUAUGGACGCGUACCCUUCAUCCUGACCUCAGGCUGGAACAUAUCCUGCACAAUGAACAUAAUUGACAGAUAUCCUGCGUCUUGUUCUCAGACUGUCACAUUCUGCACCGCGAUCUGACAGACUCACAUUCUACGCCGCGAUCUAAUAGACUGUCACAUUCAGCACCGCGAUCACAGACUGCCACAUUCUACACCGCGAUCACAGACUGCCACAUUCUACACCGCGAUCACAGACUGACACAUUCUACACCGCGAUCACAGACUGACACAUUCUACACCGCGAUCACAGACUGACACAUUC